ACAACAACAAGUACAAGAGAGAGAGAAAGAAUCAUAGAGAUCUGUCGCGGAUCGGAGAGAGAGCGAGAAAGAGAGAAAAUGUCGAUGGCUUUGCUUUUGACCUCGCCGGCGAUGAUAACUUCUCCUCGCCGUGGAUCUUCUCCUUCUCGUCGUCUUCGAGUUUCAUGUGUUACCACAAACCCUGCUAGGGAAAAAAACGAAACAUGCAAUCAGUUUCGACCUAUCAAAGAAGUAAAUAACCAAAUAACACACACAAUACCACAAGAAAAGCUUGAGAUCUUCAAAUCAAUGGAGAAUUGGGCAGAACACAAACUACUACCCUAUCUCAAACCGGUCGAAGAUUCAUGGCAACCACAAGACUUUUUACCUGCGCCAGAGAACGACGACGAAUUCUACGACCGAGUAAAAGAGAUUAGAGAACGAACAAAAGAGAUACCUGACGAUUACUUUGUGGUUCUUGUGGGAGAUAUGAUCACAGAAGAAGCACUUCCAACGUAUCAAACGACGUUAAACACACUUGACGGCGUUAAGGACGAAACCGGUGGGAGUUUAUCGCCGUGGGCGGUGUGGAUUAGAGCAUGGACGGCGGAGGAAAACCGUCACGGUGAUUUACUCAACAAGUAUCUUUAUCUAACUGGUCGUGUUGAUAUGCGACAUGUUGAAAAGACUAUACAAUAUCUCAUUGGUUCUGGUAUGGAUUCGAAAUUUGAGAACAAUCCAUACAAUGGAUUCAUCUACACAUCAUUCCAAGAGCGAGCAACAUUCAUCUCUCACGGCAACACGGCGAGGCUAGCCACAACCUACGGCGAUGUUACCCUCGCGAAGAUCUGCGGCACAAUCGCCGCCGACGAAAAGCGUCACGAGACGGCGUACACGAAGAUAGUGGAGAAGCUAUUCGAGAUCGACCCCGACGGAUCUGUUCAAGCGUUGGCGAGUAUGAUGAGGAAACGGAUCACAAUGCCGGCUCAUCUUAUGCACGACGGAAGAGAUAACGAUCUGUUUGAUCAUUACGCCGCCGUGGCGCAGCGAAUUGGAGUUUAUACGGCGACGGAUUACGCUGGGAUACUUGAAUUUCUGUUGCGGCGGUGGAAGGUGGAGAGUUUGGGGUUGGGGUUAUCAGGAGAAGGAAGGAGAGCACAGGAUUACUUGUGCACCUUGCCGCAGAGGAUCAAGAGGUUAGAGGAAAGAGCUAACGAUAGGGUCAAACUUGGGUCAAAACCUUCUGUUUCGUUUAGCUGGGUUUUUGAAACAAUGGUUAUGGCUAUGGAUCGGAUCGCUUUGUUCUCUUCCUCAUCAUCUGUUUAUCAUCGUUCUUCUCAUUCUCAUGGCUCCAAAUCUUCCAGAGUUUCCAUGGCUUCCACUAUUCGUUCUGACUCUACAGAGGAUACAAAUGGAAGGAAACCGUAUAUCCCUCCUCGAGAGGUUCAUCGUCAAGUGAAAUAUUCAAUGCCACCACAAAAGCUGGAGAUUUUCAAGUCCUUAGAAGGAUGGGCUAAUGAGAACUUGUUGACUUAUUUAAAACCCGUUGAGAAAUCAUGGCAGCCAACAGAUUUUCUCCCUGAACCUGAGUCAGAAGGAUUCUAUGACCAAGUUAAGGAUUUAAGAGAAAGAUGCAAGGAGCUCUCUGAUGACUACUUCGUAGUGCUUGUUGGUGAUAUGAUCACAGAGGAAGCACUUCCAACUUAUCAGACUAUGAUUAAUACAUUGGACGGGGUUAGAGAUGAGACGGGAGCAAGUCCUACUCCUUGGGCAGUAUGGACGAGGGCCUGGACUGCGGAAGAGAAUAGACAUGGUGAUCUUCUUAACAAGUAUCUUUAUCUGUCUGGACGAGUAGACAUGAGACAGAUUGAAAAAACUAUUCAAUACCUCAUUGGUUCUGGAAUGGAUCCAAAAACUGAAAACAAUCCUUACCUGGGAUUCAUCUACACUUCUUUUCAAGAAAGAGCUACAUUCAUCUCCCAUGGAAACACUGCCAAACUGGCAAAGGAACUUGGAGACUUGAAACUUGCUCAGAUUUGUGGCACCAUUGCUGCUGAUGAGAGGCGCCAUGAAACCGCCUACACCAAGAUUGUAGAAAAGCUCUUUGAAAUUGAUCCUGAUACCACAAUCGUGGGCUUUGCUGACAUGAUGAAGAAAAAGAUCUCGAUGCCUGCUCAUUUGAUGUACGAUGGUCGUGAUGAUAAUCUAUUUGAUCACUUCUCAUCCGUGGCCCAGAGACUUGGUGUCUACACUGCCAAGGACUAUGCUGAUAUACUGCAAUUUCUUGUGCAAAGGUGGAAUGUGGAGAAGUUAUCAGACCUUUCUAGUGAAGGACAAAGGGCCCAGGACUAUCUCUGUGGAUUGCCUGCUAGGAUACGCAAACUUGAAGAGAGGGCUCAAGGGAGAACCAAAGAAGCUGCAAAAAACAUACCAUUCAGUUGGAUUUUUGGUCGAAAGAUCAGGGCUUAAAAGAAGUAAUGUUAUGCUAUUUAUGUUGGAACUUGUGUAGAUAAAGUAUGUGUUAGGCUUUGCUUUGUUUGGAUCACCACUUUAAAUGACUUCCUCCAAAGAAUUUGCUUUAUUUUGACGAUUUUAUUUAUUUAUUUCUGCUCCUCUAUUUGUUGCUACUUGCUAGUAUUGUAUCCAAUUCUGUAAUGUUUUUUCUGAAUCCAAUAAGAUUUUAAAAGUAUU